UUACGAGUCGUCAUUGUCGUCGUCGCUAUAACGGCAUCCGGUCAUGGUGAUUGAUCAAAUCGGCCGGUUGCCAACCAUUGUGCUGAUUUAUCGAUCGCCGGUUGCCGACCACAAACCUCCGGUAGCCUGAAAUGACUGGCCCGAUGAUUAACGAUCAAUCUGCAUUGGGGCCAGGCAAAAACACGAAUUUCCCACACUACCUACCUACCUUCAUCGAACGUGUACCUCCGGUACCAAAGUCCUCGUCUCCAAACCCUUCGUCUUUUCGUUUUCCCCUGCUGUCACUACCGCUGUCACUGUCCAGCUUUGCAUUGCAGAUUGGGCACGGACGACGUGUGCUCAUGCCUUUAUUUUAUUUUUAUUGGUAUUGUUGUUGUGAUUUAUUUUGGAUCAACAGAAGCCCAGCACUCCUCGCCAAUCCCUUCCCGUCUCAUUCAUACCUUUAUUUGAAUUUCAAGCACUUCCCUGUUAACACCAACCCUUCUUCAUCCGAAAACCAUUCUAAGGCCAUCUGACCGUCCAGAUGUCACCAAGGCAGAACUUUGCACAAUUUAAUCAUUCCGAGAGAUUAGCAAGGAGCAUAUUGCCUUUCAAGCUCGUUUCUGCCCAAAAGCCGCCCUAUCGCGCGGGACAACGGCCACAUGGCGAUGAUGCUGGGUCCCGUCUAAUGGAUUCCUCUGGGUUGGUGCCCGCACACUAGCACAAGUCGCUCCCUCCACCAGCCGGAGCCAGUGACGGCAUCGCAUCCCCUCCGCAGACCUAUGAGAGCUUGUAUUUUAUUUACUAAGUACUAUAAAAUGGGGUUACCGGGAUUCAAAGCUGUCUUGGUCCCUGUAUUCCGGGGGGGCCCCUGAUAUACUAUACAUAUUUCUACGCUCAUUUUGGUAAUGAGAAAACCCUCUUGUCCUCGAGCCGGUAUCACCGCCAUUUCGACAGAGCGAAGCGAUCGUCCCAGUGGGUCGGUCUUUUUUUCCUGCUUUCCUCGUUACUGCAUUGUUCUUAUUGUUCAGCCUUUCUUUAGGCUGGGAUUCAGGCUGUGUUUCAAAGCGUCUCGAUCGUUAUCUCUCUGCUCGGCCCCCAGUUUGAAUUGAUGAACAAACCGUGUUGAAGCUUAUAAGCACUGGUGUGUGACACCCAAGCUUAGCGGCGGGGAAAUCCCUGGUAGCAGGGCUGGCCUGGUUCGCCUGAACCACGACUCAGGUUCCUUUUCGCUUCGCCCUGGCUUUGUCACGGAACCCCCUCUCAUGACACGCGUCGUCAGGUUCUUCAAGCCAAGAGAUCCCGAGCCACUGGUUGUUGCCCGGCCUGUGGGAAAUCAAUCGACAAUGCUUGGGCAGUGGUCUGGCACCCUCGUGGCAGACAACGAAGCAACUACAUUUCCUGCACCCAAUUCGGAUCUGCUGUUCCCUGUUCAGAACGGGGUCCUUAUGGGGGUGGGAUGGAGACUGACCCUACCAUACAACCUUUGUAUCGUAAUUAAUUUUUCUGUCUUCCUUAUUGGCAAACAGCGAGGGAGAGGUCACCAGUGUGUCCGUCUGGUUUGCGGUUCUUGGGCUCAUUGCCGGUAACCACCUUAACCAAAGCCCCAGACGGUUUCUGAUGCAGGUGCAUAUAAAACCAAACCCAUAGGCCGAUGUGAAAUUCUCGGGGAUGCUGUACAAGACCCUAUCCCCCUCGUUAUUCUAAUUCCUUGCUCUGCCGACUCGAUAGCUUCUUCCCUUCGACAGGGGGAAUGGCCAGGCCAGACGGUGCCUUUCGUGCUCGACUCACUGUCCGGAACAGUACGCAAAGGCUGCUACUUUAACCUUUUUCCCUGUCGCUCCCGCUCUUCCAGCGCUGGACAAGGAACCACUGGCGAGCCCGCCUUUGGCAGUCAACAAGUCCACUUCUAAUGCGAUCACCUGCUCACCCAAUUUUAAACGGGUACAAUACCGUCGAGACAAGAAAGGAAAAAUAAAAUAAAAAAUAAGAGAAAAAAUAAAAUAAACCUAUCUCCAGAAGGGGAUUUUUUUCUGUUCUUGGGGGUUCCCUGAGAUUCUGACGAAAUUUUUCGUCCGGUCCUGCAGUUUGGUCUGGAUCUUGCCCACUGGAUUGGAUUGGGUCGUAUGCCCACCGGACAAAUUGGCUACUCGCGAGCCAAAAUAAAGCCCACCAAGAGUUUGGGAGCAAUUUUUUUUUUCCCUCCCCUGCCGAAGGAGUUCGCAGCCGGCCUGUUAUACUGCUCGGUUACGCUGCCGAAUUAUCAUCCUCCCACUUUCUGCUUGUUUGCUCCAUCCAUCAUCUCGAUACGCCUGCCUGCCUGCCUGCCUGCCUGUCACCAGUGCAAUUGGAAAAUAAACGCUGCUGCUGACAGCUAGCCAGCCCACCAUGGUUGGCAGAGAAAUGCCACAACCGGACUUUGCAUACAUGUCAUCUGUUCCUGGCAAUGGGCCGUGGGGUCCAGGUUCAACUCGAAGCCCUGUCUAUUCCGAUGGCUUCCAUCAGCAGCAAAACCAAAACCAGAGCGCCGCCAUAAAGAAUGCUUUUCACAGGCCACCGCCAAGUCUUCAAUACGCGCCCGCGACGUCUUCAUUUAGCCUGCCUACAAGUGUGUCGGCUGGUAAUCAUGCUCCACAUGCACCAAGCCACCUCUCCCGAGCCGAGGCCGCCUUCUCGUCGGCAGGCGCAUUCAAUGGGCGACCUCCGCCGGGGGUCUUUGCCGCCAAUGCGCCACCACCGAACUUCAAUGCGUUCAAAAAUCCGGCAUCCAAUGGCUGGGAUCCGCAAGGGAGGUUCUCGCCUUCGGACUCGCUCGACGACAUCAUGGCGUCGCCAAAUUUAUCCGAUUACUCGUUAGAUAACGGUGUGGGAACUACGCCGCCAGAAGGCAAGGGCGGGAAGCAUGGUGGCAAGGGAGGGCCUGGUGGCAGGCCACAGCGACGACCAUCGAACCGCGACGAGUUUGACGGGCCGCAUCAAUUCCUGCAGCGGCCCCCGCCGGAAUAUGUCGCAAUGCAGGAGAGGGAGCUGCCGCACCUCCCCACUAACUUGCUGGUACAGGAGCAGGACAGCGUUCUGACGCAGGUCAACGACCGGCUAUCGCAGUGCGCAUACGACUUUGUAGCCAAGUAUCAGUUUCCGAUACCUCUGACCCAGGACAUGCGACCUGUAGAACGGCCGCAGGAUAGGGAGUGGACCGAGUGGGUGUAUCUGUUGAAGCGCCUCGCCACCAAAAGGCGGAUUCCGGCCAGGGUCCUGUACAAUGGACAGAUCAAGCAGUUCGUCACGAUCCUGGAGAACUCUCUCGAAAUGAGGCAUGCGGCAAAGCAUCAAUCGAGGCCGCUUAAGGAUGACAGGAACAUCCUCCAGCUGAUAUCUGCCGGCAUCCAGGUGGCCAAGAUCCUGAAAGACGCGCCUGCCAUGGAUUACCUUGAUAAGCUUUACGUCUCGACCGAGAAACAGAUACAGGAGAGAGCCGCCGCGGCCGCAGCCAGAUUUCGGAGCUAGGAGGGCGGGACGGUAACACGAUAACGUCACAUCCCGGCAUGGCGCUUUUCUUUGCACACUGUCAUCUAUUCCCCAGUUUGGGACACGCCCAAAACACACACAAACCAACAGAUACCGUUUUUUGAUCGGCUGGCCUUUUUCGGCUCAAGUUGCCUAUAGGGUUACUCUGUUCCCUGCAAAACCAAGCUUCUUUUUUUGGUUAACGGUACCACCGCCGCCCUGCUUGGAGCAGCCUUUGCGGGUUGGCUAUAGGUCACAGCUAUAACAGACACUUUAGACGAAAGAUCCUGCCUCAGCAAUAUUGUUUUCUCUAGUUUCUGUUUUUGGCCGUUGUUGGUAUAUCUCGGGAUUACAAGACGUUUUUUUUUCAGUUCUUUCUCCUUUUCUGUUGGCUUCGAUUGGAGGUUACUCUUACUCCAAAAACAUAUAAACACUCAGGUUCAGGCUACUGUCAGCUUAUAGGGAAGGGUGCAUUUUUGUUUCGAGGAAGAUUUUUGGGGGAUAUUUGGAGGAUUCUUUUUUUUUCUUUUUUACAUAUAUUUGGGCGGUUCAGUGACACUAACCAGCCAGCACGGGUGGUAGACGACUGAUGAGUGGCUACGCUCCGGGAUGCUGUUGGGAAACUACAGGUGAUGUCUUAUGCGGGGCCGGGUUAUCUGUUUUUAAGGGGAUUUUCUUUUGGUCUUGUUUUCUUUUUUUUUCAUGUUUCUUUCACGUCUUGGAAGUCCUGGUCCGGGACUGCCGAUGUUGUUUGGGCUUUUGACGACUUGUUAGGGUUCGUCUGUGAGAGCCUAAAGAAGAGAGAGAGAGAGAAGGGGGGGGAGAGAGAAAACACCAAACUACUGCGCAAACCACUCUAGGGCACACCUGGACCCCGAUGCUUCGGCGACAAGGCCGGGGACGGCUGGACACGGAAGCACAAAAUGAGGGCUCGCACGGGAACUAGACGCAAACCUCACGUGUUGGUCAAAGCCAAUCGGGCAAGUCUUGUGUGUUUCAAAGAAAAUUUUGGGGCGAGCGGAAACGGAAAGGAGCACACGAGACGUGGGAAAAGGGUGUGCGCCUUGUCGAAGUCGGUCUGAUGCGUUUUCCAUUCCACGACAGCGGGGAGGGCUUGAGUAGCAUAAGGGAGAUUCGGGGGGCCGAGGGGGCUUUUUUAGCCGACGAGGCACUUGUGUCCGUUUGAUUCCAUCUGCAGAAUAUUGAGGCAAAAGGGGGACUUGAGCUUUUGGGCUGGAGAAGGUGGACAGAUGGGGUUGGCUCGGCGUAUGGAAUGUGAAAGGAUUACGCUGAGAACGAUAAAAGAGUAAGAAAAAAAACCGGCCAAAAAAAGACCAAAAAUCAACAAAAAAAUAAACACACCAUAUGAGAAAAAAAAAACAUGGUUAUUAUCUCUCCA